UACAAUAUUACUAUGAGAACACAUUUUCACAAGAAUACGUCCAUAUACAUCAUAUUUUCACUUCCUUUUGCUUCCCUGAGCGCUGCACACCAGCAAUCUCCAGCACUGCCUAGCUUAGGCUAGCCCCUCAGUGCAACACACUCCCUUGCUACACGUGACUUAAGCUUUGUUCGCGUGGUGUCCUCUCCUCGUCGUCAGAAACGAGCAAUGCGGAAUACGUGACUGCCAAAUUUGCAUCGCCGCUCUCCGCGAAGUAGCAUAUAUCACGUCAUCUUGUCUAUCUCCCGUGAUGCACUGUCGUGCCUCAUCCAAUUUGCCACUAGAUCAGUAGCAUUCAUGGCCUCAGCAAAGUCAUAUCCACCGCCACCACUACUACCUCCGCAAGAACCAGCAAUCCCUGCAACAACGCAGGAGCAGAACUCAUUAGUCAAACUUCGAUAUCAAGGAACUUCUAUAAUAGCAGAGUGCACCCCUCUUGAAUGCGAGAACCACAACACCUUCCAUCUUACGCUCCGCCGCAAUGCGCUAGACCAUGCCAUAUACCUAGCCCUCAGCCAUCUCACAUGGCUCAAACGUUUGAUCGGGGGGGUUCGCCCGGUAUGGUUGCUACCACCCCAACUCAUUCUUAAGAAAAAGAAGGAUGGCUGGGAAUCUGAAUUCGAACAUGAAAUUGCACAAUACAUAGAGCAUGAAAACUUACAAGGACGAGUCCUACCUAUCUACUAUGGCAGAGGGUCAUAUGACAAUAUCGAUGGGAUCCUUCUUUCAUACUGCGGCACGAGUCUGAACGAGCGGCAGGAUCUCACGGUAGAUGCUCUCAAGAAGAAGCUGAGAUGGGCAUUAAGUUGGCUGGCAGAUAGAAAUCUGGUUCAUAAGAACCUCACUUUAGGCAACGUUCUUUACGACGGCAGUAAGAUCACAAUUAUUGAUCUUGAACAAACUGAUAAACAAAAGAGUGGAUUCAAUAUUAAUGCGGAGGUGGAUUCAAUCUUAUAUUGGUUCAAAUUCCGGCAGAAGGCGCUACGCGAAGAUACUUCAUAAAACAUACCUGAUAGGACAGGCAGGUAUCUAAAGCAUCAUUGUAAACUCUUCAAUGAAAUCUGACUAUACCAAAUUCGCUUGUUCAUCUUUUCCUAUCGCUUGUAUGCGUCACAGUUCUGUGACGGCUGGUUGCCUAGGGGUGGGUAUACUCUUGGUAGGGUUCAGAUCAAUCCGCUGGCGGUACGAGCUGAGAGAUAGGUUAUUGUAGAUGAAGUCUCGCUGCUGUAGAGGGAUGUAGUAAGAGGUUGGGCUAGGUACCUAUCGGCAAUAUUAUUGCGAGUGCCUCCCUAUAAAGUUCUAUCCAUAGGGAUGAAGUAUGUGGCGCAUUUAUAGCUGAUUCAGAUUAUUGUUAAAUUCAUGA